CAAUCUGCUUGCACGGAUCCAUGCCAGUCCCUGUCAUUUAGCAUAUUCACGCAUCCUCGCAAUCAUCACCCACGACGCGCUGGCCAGUCCCAUUGCCUCACCACCUCGUCAAGGUCGCCAAGCCAGGCGCCAGCAGUGUAGAGGGUUGGUGGACUUUGCGCACCCUGCGCCCUCUAGAAGCCACCAGCCCCAGCUACUCCUCCUAGAGGCCCACGACUGUACUCUGAUUUUUUAUUUCUCCAUCUCCCCUCUAUCAGUCUGUCUGUUCGCGAGGAUAUUGCAAUAAGCGUGAACCCAGCUAUCCGAUGGCAGCAACUUCAGGGAAGGUUAUCCAAAAUAUUUUUCAAGCACAUUGCUGCCAACAAAAUAGGCAGUUUGGCACCCAAUACCGAAGGAACUAUUGUGACCCUGACGUGCGCAGCUUUCUUCCCUUUCAAGGAAGGAAGUUAGCAUGGACUGCCUUCUCUUCCAUGCAAUUGCGCAACGUACCAAAAUACCAGAGUGGUUUUGUUAACCAACGAACUGUUUUCUGCAACGCUGCUCCAUCUACUACUGCAGUUCUGCCUCUUGAAAAGGUUGACUUUCUGAAGCUUCAAAAUGGCAGUGAUAUCCGAGGUGUUGCUGUUCCUGGUGUGGAGGGAGAACCUGUUACUCUAACAGAACAAGUUGCAGAAGCCAUAGCGGCUGCCUUUGCUGCAUGGUUAUCCGAAAAGAAGAAAGCUGAUGCAUCUCAACAUCUGAAAAUUUCCAUUGGUCAUGACUCCCGAAUAUCUGCGCUAAAACUUCAGGAUGCAGUUUCUCUAGGAAUCGCUGCGGCUGGUCUGGAUGUGGUUCAAUAUGGAUUAGCAUCUACACCAGCAAUGUUUAAUAGCACCCUCACUUGUGACGACCAGUUUUCAUGCCCAGUUGAUGGGUCUAUUAUGAUAACAGCAAGUCAUCUCCCAUACAACAGGAAUGGAUUCAAAUUCUUCACAAAUGCUGGAGGGCUUGGAAAAGCUGACAUUAGAGACAUCUUGGAGCGUGCUGCAAAUAUAUACAAUAACUUUGCAUCUGAAGGAUUGAUAACUUCAGAAAGAAAUGCCUCUGCUUCAGUGAAAAGAGUUGACUAUAUGACUGUUUAUGCAUCUAAUCUUGUAGAGGCAGUACGCAAAGCAGCAGGAAAUAUAGAGAAACCAUUGGAGGGGUUCCAUAUAGUUGUUGAUGCAGGGAAUGGAGCUGGAGGGUUUUUUGCUGCAAGGGUUCUUGAGCCUUUGGGGGCUAUCACUACUGGUAGCCAGUUCUUGGAACCUGAUGGUAUGUUUCCGAAUCAUAUUCCUAACCCUGAGGACAAGACAGCAAUGAAAGCGAUAAUCCAGGCUGUCCUUGAUAACAAGGCUGAUUUGGGGAUCAUUUUUGAUACAGAUGUUGACAGAUCUGCUGCGGUUGAUUCUACUGGCCGUGAGUUCAACCGGAAUCGGUUGAUUGCUUUAAUGUCUGCAAUCAUCCUUGAGGAACAUUCGGGAACAACUAUUGUCACAGACAGUGUGACUUCAGAUGGGUUGACUACAUUUAUUGAACAAAAACUUGGAGGAAAGCACCACCGGUUCAAAAGGGGGUACAAGAAUGUCAUUGAUGAGGCUAUUCGAUUGAACACUGUCGGAGAGGAGUCGCAUCUGGCUAUUGAAACCAGUGGCCAUGGAGCUCUCAAGGAGAAUCACUGGCUUGAUGAUGGUGCAUACCUCAUGGUCAAGCUCUUAAACAAACUAGCUUCAGCCAGAGCUUCCGGAAUAGGUGGUGGCAGCAAAGUUCUGACUGAUUUGGUAGAGGGUCUGCAGGAACCAGCCAUUGCUGUUGAAUUGAGGCUGAAGAUUGAUCAGAAUCAUGGAGAUCUUAAAGGAGGAUCUUUCCGAGAAUAUGGAGAGGCAGUGCUGAAACAUUUGGAGAACUUUGUAGCUUCAGAUCCAAGGCUUUGGAAAGCCCCGAAAAACUAUGAAGGCGUUCGAGUUUCUGGCUUUGGAGGUUGGUUCCUUUUGAGACUCUCGCUGCAUGACCCUGUUCUGCCGCUUAACAUUGAGGCACCCAGCCAGGAUGAUACAGUGAAACUUGGACUUGUCGUGCUCAGUGCUGUAAAUGAGUUUUCCGCUUUGGAUGUAUCUGCUUUAAACAAAUUUGUCCAAGUAUAAUGAGCUACUGGGCUGAGUGGCUACAUUGAUGGCCAAUCCAUGUCUCAAAACAGUCAAACUAGGUUGUUGCCAGAAUUCAACUUCAUCUGCAAGUGGUGUCUAGGAGCUGUGGGAACUUUGGGAAGUCUUGAGGACAUGAGUUUUGAUCAAUAGCCCGAGAAUAUCACUGUCUAAAUGUCAUGUUUUUAUCUGCAAACUCAGUGAGAAGGGGUGUGUGUGUGUGUGUGUGUGUGUGUGUUUGAGAGAGAGAGAGGUAAUAUUUUAGAAUUACUAAAAUCUGAAUGAUACCCCCAGGGGGAAAUGUUGACAUUAUGCAUAAAAUGUAUUUGAGUUUUGGUUUGGUGCGUCA